CCCCGCCCCGCCAUGGCGCCAGAGGAGAGCGCGGAAGCUGAGAGCCUGCUGCCGAGUUUCGAGCGCCGCUUCCUGGCGGCGCGCACACUGCGUUCUUUCCCCUGGCAGAGCCUAGAAGAGAAAUUAAGGGUCUCAUCAGGUCCUGAGCUGCUGCUGAAUAUUUUGCAGAAGACUGUGAAACAUCCUCUGUGUGUGAAGCAUCCGCCAUCAGUGAAGUAUGCCCGGUGCUUUCUCUCGGAGCUCAUCAGAAAGCAUGAGGCUGUCCACACGGAGCCUUUGGACGAGCUGUACGAGGCGUUGGCAGAGGUCCUGAUGGCUGAGGAGCCCACCCAGUGCCACCGGAGCUAUCUGCUGCCUUCUGGAGACUCAGUCACGCUCUCUGAGAGCACAGCCAUCAUUUCCCAUGGCACCACCGGCCUGGUCACGUGGGACGCUGCACUCUACCUCGCUGAAUGGGCCAUAGAGAACCCGGCUGCCUUUGCUCACAGGACUGUCUUAGAGCUCGGCAGUGGAGCUGGCCUCACAGGCCUGGCCAUUUGCAAGACAUGCUGUCCCAGCACGUACGUCUUCAGCGACUGUCACAGCUGUGUUCUUGAGCAGCUCCGAGGAAACAUCCUUCUCAAUGGCCUCUCAUUGGAACCAGACACCACUGCCCCUGAAAGGCACCCAGGACAUAAUGCCCACGACGCAGAGAGCCCCAGGGUGACAGUGGCCCAGCUGGACUGGGAUGUUGUGACGGCCCCUGAGCUGGCUGCCUUCCGGCCGGACGUAAUCAUAGCAGCAGAUGUGCUGUAUUGCCCAGAAACUGUCAUCUCCCUGGUCAGAGUCCUGCAGAGGCUCUCUGCUUGCCUGAAGGACCAGCAGGCUCCUGACACCUACAUUGCCUUCACCGUCCGCAGCCCGGAGACCUGCUGGCUGUUCACCAGCGAGCUAGAAAGUUUGCUGUCCCUGGUCUCAACUGCCAAGAAUGAUGAUGAACACAAUCUUUUGUAAUAAGUACCCAGCACAGGCCCACCCGGCCACAGGAGCAAAGCAUCAGGGGGCGGAACUCAGCACCCCGGCGUGGGGGCAGACGUGGCUACCUGCAGCUGAGCUGCCAGCUCCUCGGAGUCCUCGAAGACCAGGCCGUUUUCCUCAUGUUUCACGAGCUCGUGUAAGCUGCAGAGAGAACCACAGACCUGAGAGCUGCCUGGAGAAACCCCCCAGUGCCCGCCCGGACUCCCACUCCACCCCUCCCACAGUCAGUCUGCUUGCAGUAAGUCUGUUCUUAGAUUUGGCAUCUGAAAAGAAAAGAAAGGCCUGGAGGGAUGGAUACACAUUAAAAAUCCAAACUGAUUCUGAAAAGGAGGUGCAAUGAGCACACACUUUGACCUUUUCUGCUACAUGUUCUUUUCCGUGAGAACGUGCUCAAUGGGCUCUCCAUUUUUUUCUUAAUUGCACAGCAGAAAAACAAGGUAAAAGGCAACCACACUGGAUGGAGACUUGGCACAUUAAGGGUGACUUUUCUGGGUCACCAGGUAGUUAAUCCCAAUGUGCCCAGAGCUCAGGGUCGAACAUCCUGUAUUUCCCAUUCAGAGGCUGGCUCCUGAGCCAGUGGUGGGGCUACUAUUUCUAGAACCUCUCCAAACACCCAUCUUUGCCAAGAACAGUGGAGAGAGAAUUACACUCAUUUAACUGAUUCCAAUCCAACUAUAUGAGCCCAGACAAAAGGGACAGAGAAAUAAAACCAGGUCAGCUGUGCAGGCAAUUCCAGCCACCACUCUAUCCAUGAGUAUGGGUAAGUGGCUGCCUAAGUGGAGUAUUUAAGACUCGUAUUUUUUAUUCAACAUCAGCUCUAAGUGGAAGCCCACCCUCAGAAACCCCAUGGGCCCUACUCUGGAGGACCACCUGGCAAUGCUGCACGAUUUUCCGGGGGAAUUCCUUGAGCAAUUCUGACCUCGCUGGCAACCCCCCACCACCCCCACAGCUGAUUUGAGAACCUAACUCAGGGAAGAUUCGGAUUCUGCUCCUACCACCGGAAGUUCACGGCACACACGGGCAGACAGCACCCGAACAUGUCCACCACCUUCAUGGGCAGGUCCAGGCCGCUGGAGGACUUGUGCAGGCACACACCCAGGUCUGCCGACCCUGCAGGGUCAGGGCGAGGGGGGCAGUCAGAGCGCUAGCCCAUGCCCCUUGAACACAAAUCCUGAAAGGACUGUGGAUCGGGAAGGGAAAGCCCCCAGCCCCACAUACAACUGGCUGAGUUGGCCACGCAGCCUGGAGAAGGGCAGACACACAGAAGAGCUCCCCAACCACCACUCCUGGCCACUCAUCCCUGUUUGAAAACGACCUGCCCGUCACGGAUAGUUUUAUUCAAACAGACUCCCUUUGUCUAUUUAACCACAUUAUAUUUUAAAAGAACCUGUAGCGGCUAUUGCUUCAGGGGUUCAGAGUUUCUGCAUUUUAGAAAUAGACAGUGGUUACGAUUGUACAACACUGUGCGUGUAAUUAAUGCUACUGAGUUGUAUGUAUACUUAAAAUUGGAAAAAUAGGGGCGCCUGGGUGGCUCAGUCGUUAAGCAUCUGCCUUCGG